GCCCUCUGGGCACUACUGUGAAAAGGAGACUCCUUUCCUCCAGAAUGUCCAAUUCACCCGAGCCCCUCGUCUCCAAAGGGACCCAGGACGCUCCUCAUUAUGUGUCCUCACCACCACCAGCACCACCAGCUCCAUCACCGCCAGGAGAUACGGUGUUCUGCGUCCUGACCCUCCAGAUGUUGUUCUCCUUCGGGGUCUUGUGUGCGUCCUUCUCCGGAGGGAAGGAGGGACGGACCAACAAGUGGCUCUACGUCAGCUCCCUGCUCACCUUCAGCGGCUUCGCCGUCGCCCUCAGCAUCUGCAAGUCCUUCAGCCAACGUCACCCCUGGAACAUCGUGGGAUGUGUGGGUGACACCUACAGGAGCAGAAAACCCCAAAUGUUACACAUCAGGGUAGUGGUCACCGUGAGCUUGUCGCACAUGGUGGGAACCAUCGCCUCCUUCCUCGACUUGAACCACGUCUUCGUCACUGUCGGAGUACUGAUGGUCAUUGCUUUCGCCAUCGUUGCCUUCUCUGCAAAGACUCAUCAUCACGACGUUUGGGACGGUCUGCUGAUGACUCUGACCGUGGACGUGGUGGCGUUUGCGUUCCUACAUCUUUUACUCCCUCGUCACCUUUGACCCGGAGAUGCAACGGUUUUACCAGCGAUGAUGGUUAUAUUCUAUAAUAAGAAUAAUAUUACACACAAUCCUCAUCUUACAGCUGGGGAGGAAGUGAAACUAGAGUGCAUUCGCACACAAGGGAGGCCGACAUGUCACGUUUAAAAUGUCUUUAUUAUUUCUUUACACUGUAACUCCUCUAUUAACUAAAAUAUGAUUUCUGCUGUUCAUUUCUCUUUUUACAUAUAAAGUUCAUUAAAAAUGUUUGUACUGUAUGUGAUGUUGUCAGAGCAUGUUCACCACUACAGAGAAUUAAAACACAUGAAAACAUU